AUGUCGCUGGCGCAGUACAAGAGGACCGUGCACAGGCUGCUGACAAGGUCGAACCCGCUGAAGCUCGUCGUGACCGUCGUGUUGGUGCUGUUCCUCUACUUCCUCGUGAGGGGCACGGGGCCCCGCGAGGAGGAGUCCGUGAUAGCAGCAAACCGCAAGAAGUCGCCGUACUCAUACAAGCCCAAGGCGGGGGGCAAGAACGCAUGGACCCCGAAAAACCUCCCGGCCGACCACAUCUCCCACUACGACCUCAACACGUUGAAGGCGUCGGAGGACGCGCUGCAGAACAACGAAAAGGUGCUCAUCUUGACGCCCAUGGCCAACUUCCACGAGGACUACUGGCAGAACCUGCUCGAGCUGUCCUACCCACGAGAGCUCAUCGAGCUUGGCUUCAUCCUCCCUCGGACAGCCGAGGGAGACGCCGCGCUCAAGAGCUUGGAGACCGCCGUCAAGAAGGUCCAGGGCGCCAAGGACGCCUCCGCGUCCAAGUUCUCCAAAAUCACAAUCCUCAGGCAGGACAACGACUCCCCCGUCUCCCAGCUCGAGAAGGACAGACACGCCCUCAAGGUCCAGAAAGAAAGACGCUCCCAGAUGGCCACCGCCAGAAACUCCCUCCUCUUCUCCACCAUCGGUCCCUUCACCUCCUGGGUGCUCUGGCUCGACGCAGACAUCGUCGAGACCCCAAGAUCUCUCAUCCAGGACAUGACCAGCCACAACAAGCCUGUCCUCGCAGCAAACUGCUACCAGCGCUACUUCGACCAGAACGAAAACAAGGAGUCCAUCCGGGCCUACGACUUCAACAACUGGGCAGAGUCCGACGAGGGCCUCCGCUUGGCCUCCACCAUGGCCGACGACGAGAUCAUCGUCGAGGGCUACCAGGAAAUAGUCACCUACAGACCCCUCAUGGCUCAUUUCUACGACGAGACAGGCAACGUCAACGACGAAAUGCCCCUCGACGGUGUCGGAGGCACUUGUCUGCUUGUCAAGGCCGAUGUCCACAGAGACGGCGCCAUGUUCCCCAACUUCCCCUUCUAUCACCUCAUCGAGACAGAGGGCUUCUCCAAAAUGUGCAAGCGCUUGGGCUACGAGGUCUUCGGCUUGCCCAACUAUCUUGUCUUCCACUACGAUCAGAAGAUCUGA